UAACCUGCUGUUCCCCUCUUCAGGAGCGCCGCUUGAUUUUCUCUGAGAAAAGCCCACCCUUCCAGCAAAAUAGAGUCCCUCAGGGUGACGGUUGACUUCCUAAAGGUGCCUCUUGGCCUGAAGAAGCCGGUGCUGAAGGAGGUGGCUGUGGGGCCCCCCAAAAGGCCCCAGCCCGCGGCCCUGGAGCGCUACAAGGCGCGGCGUUCCGACGCCAUGGACACCGAGUCCCAGUACUCGGGCUACUCCUACAAGUCGGGCCACUCCCGAAGCUCCCGCAAGCACAGGGACCGCCGGGACCGACACCGCUCGAAGAGCCGAGAUGGGAGCCGUGGGGACAAGUCGGUCACCAUCCAGGCUCCAGGAGAGCCCUUGCUGGACAAUGAGUCCACGCGGGGGGAUGAGCGGGACGACAACUGGGGAGAAACCACCACGGUAGUCACGGGUACCUCUGAGCACAGCAUCUCCCACGAUGACCUCACACGAAUCGCCAAGGACAUGGAGGACAGUGUUCCACUGGACUGCUCCCGUCACCUGGGUGUGGCUGCAGGGGCCACGCUGGCGCUGCUCUCCUUCCUCACCCCGCUGGCUUUCCUGCUGCUACCCCCACUGCUGUGGCGGGAUGAGCUGGAGCCGUGCGGGACGGCCUGCGAGGGCCUCUUCAUUUCAGUGGCCUUCAAGCUGCUCAUCCUGCUGCUGGGCAGCUGGGCUCUGUUCUUCCGCCGGCCCAAGGCCUCGCUGCCCCGGGUCUUCGUGCUGCGCGCCCUGCUCAUGGUGCUCGUCUUCCUGCUCGUGGUCUCCUACUGGCUCUUCUACGGCGUGCGCAUCCUGGAUGCCCGGGAGCGCAGCUACCAGGGCGUGGUGCAGUUCGCGGUGUCCCUGGUGGACGCCCUGCUCUUCGUGCACUACUUAGCCGUGGUCCUGCUGGAGCUGCGGCAGCUCCAGCCCCAGUUCACGCUCAAGGUCGUGCGCUCCACCGAUGGGGCCAGCCGCUUCUACAACGUUGGCCAUCUCAGCAUCCAGCGCGUGGCAGUGUGGAUCCUGGAGAAGUAUUACCAUGACUUCCCUGUCUACAACCCUGCCCUCCUCAACCUGCCCAAGUCCGUCCUGGCCAAGAAAGUGUCUGGCUUCAAGGUGUAUUCUCUCGGAGAGGAAAACAGCACCAACAACUCCACAGGCCAGUCUCGGGCUGCGAUCGCAGCGGCGGCCCGGCGGCGGGACAACAGCCACAAUGAGUACUACUACGAAGAAGCUGAACAUGAGCGCAGGGUGCGCAAGCGCAGGGCCAGGCUCGUGGUAGCCGUGGAGGAGGCCUUCACUCACAUCAAGCGACUGCAGGAGGAGGAGCAGAAGAACCCCAGGGAGGUGAUGGAUCCCCGCGAGGCAGCCCAGGCCAUCUUUGCAUCCAUGGCCCGUGCCAUGCAGAAGUACCUUCGGACCACCAAGCAGCAGCCUUACCACACCAUGGAGAGUAUCCUGCAGCACCUGGAAUUCUGCAUCACGCACGACAUGACCCCCAAGGCUUUCCUGGAGCGGUACCUGGCAGCUGGACCCACCAUCCAGUACCACAAGGAACGCUGGCUGGCCAAACAGUGGACACUGGUGAGCGAGGAGCCGGUGACCAAUGGGCUUAAGGAUGGCAUCGUUUUCCUCUUAAAACGCCAGGACUUCAGCCUGGUGGUCAGCACUAAGAAGGUGCCCUUCUUCAAACUCUCCGAGGAAUUCGUGGAUCCCAAGUCACACAAGUUUGUCAUGAGGCUGCAAUCGGAGACCUCCGUGUGAUCAUGCAACUGCAGGGGAGUGGGAGACGCGGGGGCUUCUGCGGGGCGGGAGAGGGGCUUGGUUCUCAGGCCCCGCCACGUUCCUGCUGCCCUUUUCCCUCUUGCUCUUGUUUUUUUUACUUGAAUUAACUCACCCCUCGCCCUGUCUCCUUCCCUCUUCCUUAUUUUGCCCACGUAAACCUGGAGAGAUCAUCCUGCUGUUAACAGUACCUGGGAACCCCCGUGCCCCCACUUUUAUAUCCCUCCAGGCCCUGCAGGAAUCAGUGCCUCAUCUCCUCCUUUUCCCUAGAUGUUGGUCCCUUCUGAAAGGGCCCAGGCCCUCUUGAUGGUCCCUUCCCUUCCCACGCCCCCACUCUCAAGCCCAAGUCCUUCUAGCCGUUCUCUCCAGUGGCCCAUGACAGGUUUUUCUCCAGGGGUAUGGCUUUGACCCCAGAGAGCCGCAGUGCCAAACUCCUCCAGGGCAGUGGGUAUCUCCCCCCUGCCCCUUCACCCCACUCAUAACAAACCCAGAGAGUUCUUGGGCAGGGAGGCUCCGGCCACAGAGCCCAAGAGUUAGGAGCCUCCCUGUAGCGUGAUUUGCUCCCAGCUACCCUCCCCCAUCCACAUAUAUUUAGAGCAAGGGAAAACCCCGUCCUUCACCUGGAAGUCUCCACCUGCCAGCUCUGAUGGUAUGAUCUGAUGGUAGGAUCACACGUGACCACAGGCAGACUGCGGUGGAAGGCCUCUGACCACUUCACCAGGGCCCUGGGGGAAAGUCCAGUGGCCUUAGGAUAGAUCCUUGAGGUCAGAGAGACACUUGUCACUGACCCCUGCCCUCUCCACCUGCCCUGACCUUCCUUCUGACUCUUCUCAAUGAAGGACAGACUCACUGGCAAACAGUCCCUGAGCCACACCGUGGUCUCGACAGAUGCUCUGCUUCUCUGCACCAGCCGCCCCAAUCCUGCUGACUUCUCUUGGCUCCCGAGACCUGUUGCCUCAUCUGUUUUUGGGGGAGGAGCCUGCAGCUCCUCCUUGUUCCCUGCCUUAAGUCCAGUUCUUUGCCUCAGGGGUCUCUUUUCCAUGGCCUUCCAGGGUCCCCCCCUCUCCUGUUCUCCUCUGGUUCUCUGGGCACUGUAUUGGGGUGAGACACCAGGAUUACUGCCUUUUGUGGGUACACAACCCCUCACCCCAUUUUGGCUUCCAUCACCUUUGCACCAAAUCUGAAUUCUCUCAACAGUUUAGGUCUCAUUGUGAGCAAAAUCCACUGGCACCCUAAGGCAUAUUUUCAGAGUAAAUUUGAGCUUAUACAUGAGAUGCCAUCAGUGAUGUACCAAGGGGGAUAGAAGUAGGAAGCGCCCAUUUAGAUGUCCUUCUAGGAUCCACUUCGAGAACUGUUCUUAUGGCCGAGUCAUGCCCCUGGGCCCAUUCUUUAAAUAACGCACAAUUCUCCCGGAUAGGCCCCUCUCUCCCCUGGGAAAUUUGCCGGUACUUUCCUUGUAAAGCACAUUCUGGGAUAAGAUGCCCGUUGAGCUCUCGCCUGGGAGGCUUUGUCUCUGUCGUGAUGACCUAGUGAUUGGAUUUUCUCCUGUCCUUUCUGAAAAGGCACAUCUCUCUACCUACCAUGUAGCUGGUUUGUCAGUCAGUGCUUUUCUUGUCCCUGGUCUCCAGCAGGGGGCCUCUAGAUUAGCACUGAGCUGGGGCUGGGGACCUCGGAUAGGCCCAUGUGAAAUAUAUGCUGUCCUGGGGGGUCCUGGGAGAGGUAUCUUAUAUUUAAAAUAAAAUCUGGUUUCAGAGGAGUCCCUCUGGGUCACAUAAAUACCUCACUGUCCUGGAGAACAAGACCCGGAUGGUGACUGGGGUCAUGGCCUUUGUGGGCAACAGCAGGGUGUAUGUCGUGUGGUUUGGGUGCGUGGCUAGGGUGGACGGAAGGAAGUUAUUUGUGAUCAUGGUUGCUGCCCUAAGUUAGGGAUAGGGGGAGUGUUUAUUUUAAGAACCUGCCAUGUUUUUAAUCACUGUGAUUUUUUCAUUCCUUUUUCCUAAAAAACAAAAAAGAGAAACCAUUCCUCCCUCCCCCCCACCCCCCAACUCUUUCUCUAAGCACUAAGGGCUGUGACUGAGAAUGGUAGUGUUUUGGUCCUUUGCGUCAGAACUGUGGUAUCUUUGUCUUUUUUUGGUUAUUAUUAUUAAUAUUUUUUUUUAAAUGUCAGGAUGAAUUGUCAAGUGUCUGGCUGUGCGUGUGUCCUUCUUCUCCCGUAUGGGAAUUGUCUUCAUGCUGUGAACUGCUGGGGGAUGGGCAGCUGGUCCCUGUGCGCAGUUUCCCCCCACCAGGCCGGUCCCACGGUCCCAGGGUCCCACGCUCUCUGGGUUUUCCAUUCUUCCUGGGAGGGGGUGUGGGUCCCAUGGCUCUCUGGGUUUUCCAUUCUUCCUGGGAGGGGGUGUGCCCACGUGGGGCAGCUCUGCUCCAUCCCCACAGGGGAUGCUGGGAUACCUUGCUGGGCAUCUCCAGGGCUGUUGUUUCUAUGACGACGGGCAUCCUGGCUGCUCCCCAGCACACCUACUUGGCCUUCCUUUUCAUGGCCUUGGAACGCUUUCUCCCCUCUCCAGCACACCAGGACACUGUGCCUCGGUCCUUCACCUACCUCGCCACUCUGCCACUGUCCCCAUUGGUUCCCUACUCCUGAAGUGGUAUUUUUGUCUCUCAUUUAUUCUUGUCUAUGUCCCUACAGUCUCUCACUUUCUCCUUGCCAUCCCCCUGCAUUUCAGCCCUUAAUUGUCGGCUUCCCCAGCCCACUCAGCAUUCCCAUGGCAAACCCUGGUGAAGCACCGGUGGUGAGACAUUGGAUCCCCGGAAGCUUCUCAUCCGAGACAUGUUCCCAGGGUUUGUGCUUCUCUUCUCUGCUGGGCCCAGAUGAGCUCCCUUUCUUCUUUGUGGUGUGUCUGUCGGUCUGUCUUCUCUCCUCUGCCCUCCCCUUGGGGCAGUAUCUGCUGUUGGACUAAGUCCUGGUGUGUGACUGUUGUGAUUUUGUUCUCUGCGCAAAAGGAAGGGGCUUCUGGAGUCUCUUUUAAGUGAGAUUGUAAAUGUAGAAUUUUCCACUGUUGGAUCUAGAUUUUUUCCUUUUUCUUUUCUUUCUUUCUUUCUUUUUUUUUUUUUUUGGGUUACAGAGCUGAGACAUUGUGCAUGCAUGUAGAAAAUUGUAAAAUGUAAAUUUUUUUUUAAUAUAUAAAAAGCUUUGUUUUUACAGUUUGCAGUGGAUCUAAACAUUAUGGCAAUUUUAGGGAUUUUUUUCUUAAACAUAGGAAACUAAAACUGUAUAAAUUUUUUUAUAUAUAAAAUAAAGACAUUUGACUUUUGUGGGGGCA